AUGUCGAUUAAUCCGGAUGCCAUUACGAAGGACAUGGAGGGUGGCGAUGUGAAGCACUUGGAGACGAGCGGUAGGGGAGGGCUCACCCCCGAAGAGAUUGACUUUAUCGACAACUUCCCCGAGGAAAAGCGCAAAAAGGUGCUCGCCAAGAUUGAUUGGCGUCUGAUGCCUAUGCUUACAAUCCUCUACCUGGUGGCCUACAUCGACAAGGCGAACAUUGGCAACGCCAAAAUCGAAGGCUUACUCACGGAUCUGAAAAUGACCGGAGACCAGUACAACAUUGCGCUCUCGAUCUACUUCAUCCCGUAUAUUCUCGCCGAGGUUCCAAGCAACAUGAUCCUCAACAAAUUCCAGCGACCGUCCCAGUACAUGGCCUUGAUCAUGUUUCUAUGGGGUGGGAUCGUUGUGAGCACCUCCUUUAUCCACAAUUUCGGACAGCUCUGUGCCGUUCGUAUAUUGCUAGGUCUAUUUGAGGCUGGCUUCUUCCCCGGUGCGCUUCUCAUUAUCUCGAAAUGGUAUCUUCCCUUCGAGACCCAGACCCGUGUUGCGAUUUUAUACACAUCGGCUGCCACUGGUGGUGCCUUCUCCGGAGUCUUGGCCUUUGCCAUCGCCAAACUCGGCGGGCAAGGUGGCUUGGAGUCGUGGAGAUGGAUUUUCCUCAUUGAAGGCCUUUUCACAGUGGUGGCAUCGGCCGGCACUUAUUUCCUGCUCGUUGAUUCUCCACAAGUAUCUGGCUGGCUCACCGACGAGGAGAAGCGCUAUCUGAUUCUCCGUCAAGCGGCCCGCAGCUACGUCAACACAGGAGAGGGCGAACUGAAGGCCUUCGAUCGGGCAGCCCUCUUUGACGUCCUCAAGGACUGGAAGGUGUACCUCCUGACAAUCAUGUCCUGGUCUAAUGCCGCACCCAACUAUGGUCUGAAGUUCUCUAUGCCAUCCAUCACCCAGGGUAUGGGUUUCACAUCUGCCAAUGCCCAGCUGAUGACUAUCCCGCCUUAUAUGUGUGGUGCGAUCUCGUCAUACGCUCUUUCACGAUUUGCCGACAAGUAUAAGUGGCGCAUGCCAUUUAUCGUUGGCCCCCAGACCUGUGUAUUGGUAGCCUUCUCGAUUCUCAUGGCCAAGGCGGAGUUCAUCAAGCAGAAUCUCGGUGUCUGUUAUUUCGCCGUCUGCCUUGCUUGCUCUGGCAUGUACCCUAUCCUACCUGGUGUCACCGCGUGGAAUGUCGAUAACACUCCCAAUGCGGCGAGGCGAGCCAUUAGCAUCGGAUAUCUUGCUUGUGCCGGUACAAUCGGAGGUGUCUAUGGCAGCUACAUCUACAAAGACGACGAGAAGCCAAAGUAUACCACUGGAUACGGUGCUUCACUGGGCUUUGCUGUUGGAGGAAUUCUUGCGGCUCUCACCCUGGAGUUUAUCCUGUUUACGAUCAACAAGAAGAGGGCUCAUGUCAGCGAGGCCGAGGUCCGGGCCCGGUAUACCGAGGAUGAGUUGGAGAUCAUGGGGGAUCGCAGCCCGCUGUUCAAGUAUCACUUGUAA